AUGAAUUGGAAAGAGCAACUACUGCAUCACUUGAUACUAUACUACAAACCACUCCUCAUCGCUGUAGUGGUGUGUUUCUUUCUUCGAAACAAAUUUCAGCGUCAUAUCUACUCUAUCCCUGGUCCCCGGUUGGCAGGCUGGAGCAACCUGUGGCGCUUCUGGGAUGCUUUGUGUCAUGUCCAGCAUGAUACGCACAUCAAUCUACACCGCCGAUAUCAUUCAUCUCUGGUCAGAGUGGGACCGCGCGUCAUCUCAUUUUCAGACCCUGAAUGGAUUCCAAAGGUCUACGGGUUGACCUCCGGAUUCACCAAGACGCACUUCUACGAUAUGUUUGUGCUUCCAUACAAAGGAACAUUCACCAGGAGCUUGUUCACCACCCUCGAUGAAAAUUACCAUUCGAAAUACAAACGUCCAAUCGCGAAUGCAUACAGCAUGUCGACUUUGGUCGAGUUUGAACCAUUUGUCGACACAACCAUCCAGUUGUUUAUGCAACGGUUAGAUGAAUUUGUGACAUCAGGAGCUCCGUUCAACUUUGGAGUGUGGCUUCAAAUGUUCGCGUUUGAUGUCAUUGGCGAGAUCGUGUUCGGCAAAAAGCUCGGGUUUCUUGAGCAGGGAGUAGAUGUCGAGGGAAUCAUGGCCGACAUUCGUUUCAAGAUCCAAUAUGCCUCGAUUAUAGGACAGAUGCCAUGGCUGGACAUGUUCAUUGCCAAAAACCGUCUGAUGGUGUGGUGGGCAGGCACUCAUCCCAUCGUCAGAUUCACAGUUGAGAACAUGAAGGAACGAAUCGGAGGCAAAGGAUCUCAACAGCGCGAUUUCCUCGCUCGAUCAUUUGAAGCUCAAGAAAAAUCGCCCGAGCUCGUUACUGAUCGCAUCGUACGGAUGUGGAACAUUGACAACGUCUUCGCAGGGAGUGACACAACUGCAGUAUCGCUGCGCUCUAUAUUCUACCAUCUCAUGCGUACCCCACAUGCGAUGGCCAAGUUGGUGAAAGAGAUUGAUGAGCUUGAGGAGAAAGGAGAGCUCGGCGAAUACGUGUCGUGGAAAAACUCCAAGUCAAUGCCAUAUCUUGACGCAGUGAUCAAAGAAGGCUUCCGAAUGCAUCCAGCCGUCGGCCAACUACUGGAAAGACACGUUCCCAAAGGCGGAAUUACUCUGGGAGACACAUUCUUACCUGAGGGAACCAUUGUAGGAAUGAAUCCUUGGGUCGCAGCUCGCAAUCGUGAGGUGUACGGUCCUGACGCAGACAUGUUCCGACCAGAGCGAUGGCUAGAGGCUACCCCAGAACGUGUCCAGCUCAUGGACCGAACCUCUUUAACAUUUGGCCACGGAUCAAGGACUUGCAUUGGUAAGAAUAUCUCCCUGCUGGAAAUCCACAAACUCGUCCCACAGCUCUUGAGACGCUACAAGAUCGACUUUGCGAACCCCGAGCAGGACUGGAGGAUUCAUGGAGGUUGGUUCACCGAACAGGACAAUUUCUGGGUGCGCCUCAGCCAUCGUGAGCGUGUCAAAACCUAG